AUACUCGGCUUUGUCCGCCAGACGACUAAUACUCCAUCGGUAAUACCUUGAUAUAACUGGUAUUCUACGGUGCGGCGAUGACAUAGUCAAAGAUACAAUGCAUUGAUGAUUAACGAGACUAGGUGCGUUGGACGCACCCCAAAAACAAUAGAGGCUAAACAACUCUUCAUUCUUAUUUCUCAAGUGGCACUGGAGGAGUCUUCUAAUGUCCUCCGCAUUUGAAAUCAUCGGGUGCGCCAGCUGCAAUCAUUGCCGAACGUGUACAACCCCACAGGUGAGCGCCAACAGGACAAUUAAAAGUCGAAAUCCACUCCCAGCCCUCAGGAGUCGGAGCAUCGUAGUAUUCAAAUUUCCAGAAUGUCAUUGCCCCGCACUUGCCCAGUUUACCAAGUAGAUGGUCUUGGCCAUGGUCAUGGCCUGCCCAAAGCGCCCCACGGAGACGAACCUCGUUAUGCCAGCCCUUGUACCAAAGGUCACACUUUGCCAAGGGAGCUGGAACACCAUAUGGUCGUGUAUGGCGGCCGUAUACUUGGUAUCUGACUUUCUGCUCGUCGCCUUCCGUCAAGAUCAUCUCUCCUCCAUGUUUGAAAGUCUCUUCAACGUCGCACUCAUUCAUUAUCUUUCGAAAGAAAUGGUCGCAAUCUUUUCCGACUUGAUCGGCCGAUAACGGAAAGUGGGGGUUGUGUUCUACCUCAAACUUCAUGUCGUCUGCUGUCCCGUCGUUGUACGUUUGCUCGCUCCAGAAAUGGCCUUCACCAUACUCUCUGGCCACUUGCUCGCAGAACUCGGGGAUCCUGCGGGCCAUUUGUUCCCAGUGAACAUACCAGAAUUUGGGCUCUUUCUCGUUACUGCAAGCUAAUUCCUCUUCUAUCUCGGGCGGCGGUGGUGGCUCUGGUUCCCAUGCGCCUGCUUUAACCUGCGUGAUAUCGGAAUAAGAUAUUGUUCUUUUUUUUUUCGGGAGUCUUGUCCCUGAACUGGAUUC